AGGAGAGAACUGUUUGUACUUUCACUAGUAUAGCACUGCAGGGACACAUGUUCUACUAUUUCUGUUGAUUGUUCUUUUCUAGAUAUUAUGGAAUAUAGAACACUUUAUAGCUAUUAAAAUGAUACGAGAAUAUAUAUUAACAUAAUUGUAUAUACUUGCCUUAUAUCUGUGUGUUUGUAUAUAUGCUUUACAUUUGCAUCCUUGGCUUUCGUACACAGUGUGUUCAUUUUGUUUGUUAAGCUGCCAUUUAUACAUUAUUACGUGGCACAGACCAAAAACCUGUAAAAAAACAAAAAAACAUCUGAUACUGCAUAAGUAAAAAUGAUCUAACAGUAUUCACAUAUCUACAGUAAAUGUACAGGCUAUUGCAUCUUUCACAAGUCACAUUUUUGUCAAAUGUUAGACAAAAAUGCUUUCUGUUUGAAAUUAUACUUAUUUUCAUAAGCACUGAAAUCAUUCAAAAAUAUCUGAAAUAUGUAUGUAGAUAAACCCAUUGCACAUUUAUUUGUAGAUAUUGUACAGCCCGUGCGAUAUAUCGCUUGAAUAGAAAACUAGUCAUGCAAAAGGAUGACCAUAUGAGUUAUGAAAGCACACCGUUUAUGUUGUGUAAUCCAUAUGUGUAGCCUGUAAAAUGAUAAUGAUUUUUGUGUAUAUUUGAUGUAUUUUAACACAUCGUUUGAUGUAUUUUAAAAUCAUAUCAUGGAACUACAAAUCACACACAUCUACAAUGUGCAAAUCCACAACUCACACAUUGGCAAACAUGAUUGUAAUUAUCUGAGUGACUGAUGGAUUCUGUGAAUCGUCACACAAAUUAUAGUAGUUACUGUAUGCAGUUUCCCAUUUUGCAAUCUAAGUAGGCCUAGAAACGUAUCAAGACGAGGGCAAUUAAUAUAUUAUUUGAGUGUUUCAAUAAAAUACUUAGAUAACUAAAAAAAUAAUUGACAAUUAUUUAUUCAUAUAAUACAUUUAUUAUGGAGUCAUGAUUUGGGAGAUGAUGACCCAAGAGCCCCCCCCAAUCCUCGCGCAUGCGCAGUGGGCUGCACAUUCACCACAUUGAAAAUGUUUGCCUGAAACUCUCGGAAGUUUAGCCAAGAAGUUGCUGUGAUUUACCUAGCUGCAAUAAAGACGGUGCCACUAAAAUAAACGAGCUUCUUUUUUUGGGGGAGGUAUAUAUAUAUAGAAAGAGAGAGACAUAAAGGAUUAUACAUGGAUUUAUAUCAAUUUUCAUUAUCUUGCGGUCGAAAACAUGAAUGGUAGCCACCUUUGGAAGAAGUUGUGAUUUAUUUAUUUUUUUGGCGCUCUACUAGCUAACAACGCAGAGGAAAGAUGGUGGAGUUGAGCUAGCUUCGUAUGAGAUAGCAGAGCUAGCUAGCUAGGUUGCUAUCGUUUGUGUCUGAAAAGUUUGGAAGAACUGCCCCCUUCCGUUUGCCAUACUCGCCCACAUCUUAUGUUGGCAUAGCAGAUAAAGAAAACAUGAGUGCUCGGAAGAUGGAACCAGGGAUACUGGAGGUUGGAUCUAGACAUCAGAUGGUGCUCUGAAGAAGCCAUGGGUAGCUGUUUAAGCUGUCCAGAGAAGGAGUCAAUCCCAGAUAAUCAUCAAACCAAAUUUAAGGUGAUAAACGUGGAUGACGAUGGGAACGAGCUGGGCUCAGGCAUGAUGGAGCUGACAGAGGUAGAGCUCGUCCUCCACACCUAUCGCCGUGACGAUGUCAAGUGGCCCUACAUGUGCCUGCGUCGCUAUGGCUACGACUCCAACCUCUUCUCCUUCGAGAGUGGCCGCCGCUGCCAGACGGGACAAGGGAUCUUUGCCUUUAAGUGUGCUCGGGCGGAGGAGAUCUUCAACAUGCUGCAGGAGGUGAUGCACAACCACAGCAUCAGUGUGGUGGAGGAGGCCGUACUGGAGACCAACCAGCAGGCCACACAUACUCCUGCCGCUCUGGGCUACUCUGUUCCCACCGUGCACAAUGGUGUCACCCGGAUCCCUUCGGUGGGCGACGCCCCCUCGCACCCCUCCACACGCCACCCGUCUGUGGCCAGCACCCGACUGCCCUCAGUGGGAGAGGAGUCUACACACCCCCUCCUAGUGGCUGACGAGGCGGUCCACACUUAUGUGAACACCACAGGUCUGCUGGAUGACCAGCCCAGCCCUCUGACUGCUCCAGCCCCUCUGGACAGCCCUGGCUCAGCCCAGUCCCAGUGCCCCCCUACACCACCACCUCCGAGGGUAGCCAGACCAGAGCCCCAGGCCCAGCUCCAGGAAGAACCCCAGGUACUGCUGGAGUCCCAAGGGGUACGCUUCGUGCUGGGGCCCACCCCUGCGCAGAAAAAGAUGGCCAAGGGGAAGCAUCAGACUGAGGAUGGAGAUGAAGAGGAGGCAGGGGAGGACUCAGAGUCCCCGGAGCCUGGAGAGGGAGAGACCAACGGCCACACAGACACGGAGGCCCCAGCCCCACCAGAGGGCCAGCCUCAGCCGUCCUCUACACACUCCAAUGGCUCCUCUGCCUCUGUCGGGGCUCCAGCCACAGCCCCUCGCCGGCAUCUCUUGCCCCCCGUGACCCCUGACACCCUGCAGAAUGUCAACAACUCAGCCCAGCGGCGCACGGCCCUCCUAGACUACGAGAACCUCCCGGCCCUGCCGCCCGUCUGGGAGACCCGCAAGCCCAGCAACGAGGAGGAGGAGAACAACGGUGGUCCCCGUGGUGGAGGAGGCCAGGGGGGGCUAAAGAUGUCCUCCCUCAACGGCUACAACCACCACCAACACAGCCUCCUCCACCAUUCCUACUCCCAUCCCCUGUCAGCCCACCCCCCUCUGUCAGCCAUGGAGUCCUCCCACAACUAUGUGAACACAGAGAAUGUGACUGCCCCCCUCAGCGCCCGCUGUGCCCCCGACACGGCACGCCGCCGCAGCGACGGGCCCAUCGUGUUCAACUUCGACUUCCGCCGGCCGCUGGGUCAGGAGCAUCCCAAGACGCUCAACUACAUCGAGGUGGAGAUGGAAACUACCGCCUCUUCCUCCGCAGCCUCCAAGGGUGCGUCCUCAGACACCAGCAACCCCCACACGCCCCGCACCCCAACCUCGCCGCCUUUGCCUACCACCCCCACGCGCCGCACCGAGCUCUACGCCUUCAUCGACAUCGAGCGCACCGCCGCCAUGUCCAACCUGCAGAAGGCCCGGCCGCAUGACGACGGGUCACUGAGGAAAACGCGGCACAAUAGCACAGAGCUUCCCACCAAAAGCACUGUCUGACUAUUACCUGAUCCGCCUGGCACCUUUUUCUACGAUUUACCCCUUUUUAAAAUAUGAAACAAAUGGGAAGGCAGCCUGUACAGGGGCCUUUGUUAGAGACACAGACAGAGAAACACGUGACGGAGACAUUGGAAAUGCAAAGAGGCUCCAGAGAGCGGUCCUAAAAUGAGAUAUAAACAGACUUGAUUGGGGUUACCUGUAAGGGAAUUCAGGUAGACCAAAGUAGGUACUUACUUGCCAUAUACCAAUUUAUUCCUAUGGUAAUAUAAUACCUCUUCUCCUUCACCCAUUCUACAGUGCAUUUGGGUUGUUUAUUAUGUUAAUAAGACUGGACUGCAUUCCUCCUCACCCACCGUACAAAUCAGUAUUACUGAACAAAGCAUUCCAUUUAGCCUUUUUAUGAUUCACUACAUGCUGCUGUAAUUUCAGUAUCUGAGGAUUACAUGGUACACUUCAUGUUUGACUAUGUACAGUAGAUUCUGGCACAAUAAAUGUCUGUUCUGUUUGUAUUUAGCUGAUCAAUGCUUCCCCCCCUUAACUUUAAUCUUAGAUGAUCGAGCACUAACUAGAUAUGAAGGUAUGACAUGUAUUCUAUCCAAAUUAUACAAGGUUUGAUAUUGUGGGUAUGGGCCUCCUUAUAUAAAUGACCCGAUGUGGUUUGAUAUCCCUCAAUAUUUUAACAAAUCAGAUGACAUCUAAUAUACGCUACUGGUCAAAAGUUUUAGAACACCUACUCAUUCAGGGGGUUUUCUUAAUUUGUACUAUUUUCUACUUUGUAGAAUUAAUAGUGAAGACAUCAACACUACGAAGUCAUGUAGUAACCAUAGUGAUAAAUCAAAAUAUAUUUGAGAAUCUUCAAUGUAGCCACCCUUUGCCUUGAUUACAGCUUUGUACACUAUUGGCAUUCGCUCAACCAGCUUCACCUGGAAUGCUUUUCUGAAAGUCUUGAAGGAGUUCCCACAUAUGCUGAGCACUUGUUAGCUGCUUUUCCUUCACUCUGCGGUCUGACUCGUCCCAAACCAUCUUAAUUGGGUGGAGGCCAGGUCAUCUGAUGCACCACUACAUCACUCUCCUUCUUGGUCAAAUAGCCCUUGCACAGUCUGGAGGUGUGUUGGGUCAUUGUCCUGUUGAGAAACAAAUGAUAGUCCCACUAAGUGCAAACCGGAUUGGAUGGUGUAUCGCUGUGGUAGCUAAGUGUGCCUUGAAUUCUAAAUAAAUUGGACUGUCACCAAAAAAGCACCACCUCCAUGCUUUAUAGUGGGGAGAUCAUCUGUUCAAAGACACCAAAAAUCUCCAAUUUGGACUCCAGACCAAAGGACAAAUUGCCAUUGCUUGUGUUUCUUGGUGUCCUUGAGUGGUUUCUUUGUGGCAUUUUGACCAUGAAGGUUUGAUGUUGAGUUACAUGAACAUCCUCUGCAGCAGAGGUCAGGUCUUUUCUGUUGCAACGCUUGGUUUUUGCGACUGCACUUGACAUUUGAAUUGUUCUUGCCAUAAUAUGUACUUAGCUCUAUUUGGUAAAAUACCAUCCCCUGUAUACACCUACCUUGGCUCAAACGUGUUAAGGCAGACCUGUUAAUUGAAAUGCAUUCCAGAUGACUACUUCAUGAAUCUGGCUGAGUGUGCAAAAGCAAAGUGUGGCUAUUUGAAGAAUCUCAUAUUUUGGUUACAUGAUUCCAUCUUAUUUCAUUCUACAAUGUAGAAAAUAAAAACCCUUGGAUGAUGUCCUAAAACUUGAA